AUGAAGUCGUUCCUUUCACUCGCUGCCGCCUUCGCGGUGGCUCUAAUUCCAGCUAUUAAUGCUCAAGAAGUUUGCAAAACCAUCUAUACUGGACGAGACCCCCAAUUGGGUUCGGUUCCCACGUAUACGUUGACAACCAUCACCAAAUGGGCUACAGUUACAAGCACUUCGACGGAUGUGUCCUACACAACCACCACUCCAGACACUGCUACCAUUACUGCGACGACUACAACCACCAAGACCGCUACUCGAUUCGUGCAAGGUGCCUCUGUUACCCUUACGUCGAGCAGUUCGUCAACCUUUACUACUACAACUACAUUCACCCCUCCAGUCUUUACAGAUUGGACCACCAGCACCGUCACCACUACCAGCACGCCACCUGCAAUCACAUCGACUUCGACGAAAUGGAUCGAUACUGUAGGAUAUACAACUAUAACUCCUACCAAGGUUGUGAACACGACAUUGACUUUGCCGAUGAGCACUAGCACUGUCACAAGCACGCCAGCGGUCUUCGUUAGCACGAUUUCUACAACCAAAUCGUUCACCAGCACCUCCACGGUCGCACCAACCACGACUGUCACGACCACUCUCACAAAUGUUGUGCAAGGCUACUAUUCUAAAACUAUCGGCACGACGACUGUGACCAACACAAUCACUGGCACCAGCUCGAGCACUCUGGACCCUAGCACAUCAGUUGUUCCUACGUUGCUCACGACUUUCACGACCACCACCAUUAUCAUGGGAGGAGGUCAGGCCGGCUUUAAUGGCUCUAGUCCCGCGGCAGGUGGUAGCUUCAGGUUCAAGCGUCAAGCCUACGGCUACCCACUCAGUGUUACUUGCACAACAACCACAACAAGUAGCAGCUACACCUCCACUACUGUGCCCUUCACAUCCACCAUUCAGGCACCAACACCUAUGAUGACUACUACAACCACUGCCACAGCCACUACUUCCAUCACGAGCACUUUUGUGCCAGGCACCAAAGUUGUCACAAAAGCUGUCUUGGUUCCUGUGACCAACACCAUCACACUUACGGCUGUAACGACAGGCGCAACCACCACGUCAACAACAACAGAGACAGCCGUUCCUGUGACCAUUAGCACAUCCGCCACCUGGACUCGAGCCUGGUUCACGAUUACUCGAACCGCGAAAGCAACGACUUCUACUGUGACCUCCACCACCACUCCAGUAACGACAGUCACGAAGACGCUCGCGACAGUCACUUCCAAAACCACGACCACGAUUUCCUCCACCUCCAUCUCCACUAAAGUCCUGCCGACGCAAUCCUUCACGAGCACCGUGACCCAGAAUCAACAAAAUCAGGUCACAACCUUCGUCUACCAGACAAUCACAGCUCAGACCUCUACGGAUACAACCGUCCUCAUCACUCCUGCUCCAGUGACGUCGACCAGCACGGAUUGGACAACGAUCGUGAUUACUUCAACGAAGUUUGGGUUUUGA